AUGGAUAAGUCUUGGAUGCAUGCUGAUAGGAGAUCACAUACAUAUAAGCUAGGUGUUCAGGAAUUCAUUAAGUUUGCUGUAGAGAAUGCAAGCGAUAUAGAUCAUAUCUGCUGUCCCUGCGCUAAAUGUGGGGGUACAGAUGGGUUCUUAUCAGCUAGGAUGAUAAAAGAUCAUCUAUAUUGGAAUGGUAUAGAUGAGAGUUACAAAGAUUGGGUAUGGCACGGAGAACCUUCUAGGGCAACGAUGAAUGUCAUUGAAGGGAUAUCUGAAGCUACUGUUGAUAUGGUAGAAGAUGGAGAUGGGGCAGAUAAUAUAGGGCUGGAAAAUCAGGGAGAAAAUAGGGCUGGUGAGGAUGAGCAGUUUAUCGAUAAUGGUGAGGAAGAGCAGUUUGUUGAUAAUGGUGAGGAUGAGCAGUUUUCAGCAGAAUCGAAUGACUUCAUGAAGCUAGUUGAGGAUGGAGAUAAAGCUUUGUACCCUGGUUGUACGAAGCACACAAAAUUAAAUGCACUUAUACAGACCUAUAACCUUAAAGCAAAACAUGGCAUGUCUAAUGUGUGCUAUUCUGACAUGUUGAUCAUGAUCGCCAUGUUUCUUCCUGAAGGUAAUGAGAUACCAAGUUCACAUUAUGAGGCCAAAAAGACUUUGGUUUCAUUAGGAAUGGACUACAAAAAGAUACAUGCAUGUCCUAAUGACUGCAUUUUGUAUAGAGGACAGCAUACUAAUGCAACUAGUUGUCCUACAUGUGGGGAGUCAAGGUGGAAAUUAGGGAAAGAUAAUAUUGUGAAGCAAGGGGUACCCGGGAAGGUAUUGUGGUACUUUCCCCCAAUCCCAAGGUUCAAGCGCAUGUUUCAGUCCACAAAAACUUCCAAAAGCCUAACUUGGCAUGAGUAUGAGAGGAGUAAGGAUGAGUUUAUGCGUCAUCCGGCAGAUUCCCCCACUUGGAAGUUAGUGGACCAAAAAUGGCCAGACUUUGGCAAUGACCCUAGGAACCUCAGACUCGCACUUUCAUCCGAUGGUUUCAAUCCCCACAGCUCUUUGAGCAGUAGAUAUUCUUGCUGGCCAGUUAUACUAGUUACGUAUAACCUCCCACCAUGGCUGUGCAUGAAAAGGAAGUUCAUGAUGCUAACUAUGCUGAUUUCCGGACCUAAACAACCCGGAAAUGACAUUGAUGUGUACUUGCAGCCCUUAGUUGAUGAUUUAAAAGCUUUGUGGGAUGGGAUAGAUGGAGUGUAUGAUGCAUUUAGAGGAGAAUACUUCAAACUGAAAGCUGUUCUCUUUUGGACAAUUAAUGACUUUCCCGCUUAUGGGAACUUGUCGGGUAGUGUCACUAAGGGAUACAAUGGCUGCCCUAUAUGUUGUGAGAACACAAAACCUCAUCGGUUGUCUCAUGGACAAAAGAUGAGCCAUAUUGUUCACCGGAGAUGA